AUGUCUUCUGCCGCAAAGACCAACCUCCUCCAUCUCUACCGCGCCUUCCUCCGCGAGCUUCCUCCCCGGCCCUUCCUCACCACCCCGCGCGCCCCUCUCCACCAGCGCCUCCGCGAUUUCAUCUCGUCCACCGGCGCCCCUGCCUCCGCCGGCGCCACCACGCCCGUACACAAGCCCUCCGUCGCCGAAGCCGAGCAGCUCCUUGCCUACCUCCAGGCCCAGCGCGAAUACGUCACCCUGCUGGAACGCUACAACCCCGGCAUGGGCAUGGACGAGGAGACGAGGGUCAGGUUGACGGCCAAGAGGGUGGGUAUGGACUUGCCCAAGGAGUUCAAGGAUGGUGAGGAGGAGAAGUAA